UUUAAUUAUUUUUCGAUAUCCGAGAGAAAUUUUUUUUAUUACAUUUAAAAAAAAUUAUUUUUUAUAAGUACGAAAUCUUAAAGAAAUAAGGUAGAAUAAUCGAUGCAUUAUUUAGCAAAUAAUUUUAAAAAUUAAUAAAUAAUAAAUCCAUCGAUUUUUGUACACAAAGAAACGUGCACUCGUUCCGAUAGAAGCGAACGUUGACGUUGGCUUUUGUUUAUUUUUGGAAUUUUUCUUUAAAAAAAAAAAUGGAAAAUUGGUUGAAGAAACAAGACAAAAAGCACGAAAUUAGAUCGUUGGCUAAGAAAUUAGAUUACGAGAAAGGUUUAAUUAACUAUAUGAGGAACGUUGAAGAGCAUUUUGAUGCUAAAUUAAUUAACAGACAGCUGCACCAAGGCAAAAGGCAACAAGAAUAUCAUCGAUCGCUGAUUGACGAAGAGAAAAGGAAAGAGUGGCUGAGAGUGGAAAAAAUUGAGGAAGAAAGAACGGCCGAAGAAAUCCGACAAAAAGAAUUAAAUCGUUUGAGAGAAGAGAAACUGCGGCAGUUGUUGAGAUUAAAUUCUCCAGAGUUGAGAGAAUUGGAGUCUAAACUGAGAACCGCAUACGUGACGAUGGUUAGGUUCGACCAGUUUGCCGAUAAAGAAAGAACGAAGGCAGAAGAGGCGGCGGAGAAGGUUCUCGAAGGAAGACGUAUCGAAGAACGGCAUAAAAAAUUCGAAGAAGAAGAGGCGAAGAAAGAACUGGACGAGUUAACCCACAAGAGGAACUAUCGUAGCGAAUUAGACGAGCAGUUGGAACGGAAGGAACAAAGUAGAUUCGAGUCGUACCUGCAAAUUUUACAAGAGAAGGCGCUUAUCGAUAAUAUUGUUAAGAAGGUAAUCGACGAGGAGAUUGCAGAAGUUCAGAAGAAAUUGGAGAAAAAGAAAGAAAUGUGGGAAUGUAUUAAAAACUUUAAAGAAGUGAAACAGAAAAGUAAAGAGGAAGAAAAGAAACAGUUAGAAUUAGAAGAAGAAAAUAUUGAAAAUUAUUUAAUUAUCAAAGAUUUGCGAGAAAAACAACUAGAAGAAUUGAAAAAGUAUAAAUUAGAAGUUAGAGAAAGAGUCAAAGGUAAAUUAAAUGAACUUUUGGAAGAGCAUUAUCGAAUUAGAAAUUACGAAAAUGAAUUAAGAGAACGGUUGUCGAUCGAAGAAAGAGCCGCACUAGAAAAGAAGACGGAUCUGAUCGACGCAGAAAGAAAGUUGAGGACGCGCUUAGAAUUGCAGAAGGCGGAAGCUACGGAAUUGAGAUUAAAAGCCGAGAAACUCGAAAGUGAGAAACUGGAAGAACGGCUUUUCGCAGAACAGAUGAUGAUAAAACUCGCCGAAGAAGACAAACUGGAGCUAAUGAACGAUAGAAAAAGGCGAUUGAAACAACUCGAACAUAAACGCAUAAUACAACAAAUGAUAGAAGAAGAGAAGCAAAAGAAAAUGAAGGAUAAAAUAUACGAUAUGCAAGUAUAUAUUAAGGAGCAAGAAAUGGAAAAAUUACGUCGAGAAAUUAUCGAGAAAGAAAGACGACGCAUGCUAGAAGAGACGGGAACAAAACUUCUCGGUUAUCUUCCCAAAAAUGUUAUCAAAGAUUACGAAGACUUAGAGAGACUGGGUGUCGACUUCAAGCACUUUUAUUUAAGAAAACCUUCUUAUUUUGACGAUAACGUAGAAGCAUAAUUGGUUCGAGACAAAUUUUUUGUUGUAAUAAAUUAUCAUUCCAUAUUUAUUUUCACAAGACAUUUUUAUUUAAAACAAAGUAAUUGAUAUAUUGAAAAUAUUCUUAUAUGCAAAUUUUAAUUACAUAUACAUUAGCAGUUAUAUUUUUAUAAAAUAUAUAAAUAUAUCAAAUAUUCGAGCAGUCAAACAUCUUUAAGAAUGUUGCAGAAGCUACCAAUUAUUAAUGGUAAAUUACAAAAACAAAUCAAAACAGUUUCAAAUGUCGUGUCCGUAACAAUUAACCUUUGAAUCUUUCUGCGAUAUCAAAAAUAAUAUUUUAGUUCUUUGGUCAGUUGAACCCCACUAAAAUAUUGUUAAUUCUUAGAUAAUUUUUAGUGUGGAAAUUUAUAACAUGGAAGAAACUGCUAUAACUGAUUACAUAAAUAUCCAAAUUAAAUAGAAUAUUUUGUAAUUAUAAAACUAAAAAUCAAAACAAAGCUAUGUCAGUUAUAUAAUGCUUUUUUGUGAAUUUAUAUUUUGCAGCAGAAUGUAUUUCAUCAUAAUUAACCACUACCCGAUUUCAGCUUUUAUGGGCUUACUUUCUUCUGUUUUAUCAUCUCCUCUCUUCCAUUUUCUUGUCAUCUGUUCUGUUAUUCACUUUAUCUAUCCAUUAUCCUUCAUUCUUCCAAUGGGUCCUGUUCAUCUUCUGUUUUCUUAUCUUUGUCACAAGAUCUUUUAUUUUUGUAUUCUCUCUUAUCCAUUCAUU